AUGUUAUGGAUCUCUUGGACGUCGAUUCUGCCGCUACUCACCCUCAUUUGUCUGCUCAUCGCCUGGCUCAUCGAGCGUAAGAGCGCCUUUGUGCAUGUCACCGUGGCGACCUGCUGCGUCCUCAUCUACGUCGCCGCCUACAUUGACCAGAACGACAUCUCGGUCGACAACAUCUACAUGAAAGCCGCCUCUCACAUCGACUUCGAACAUCUGGACCGCCUCUGCGAGGAGAAUGCCACCAUGGUGCUCUUCAGCGUCGCAGCAUUAUGGCUGCUUCGAAGGGCCUCCCAGACGCUGUGGAAGCCCGUUCCCGAACUGAUCAACAUCCUUGGCGUCGAUGUCCCCGACGCCCCUGAUGUCGUGCUUUCUGGCAUUGGUCUCGACAAGGCGACUGUGAGCUGGGCGAGACCGCACCCCAGCAAGCCGGUGCACAAGUUCCUCAUCCAGGUCAACGGCGUAGUCGUGGGCGAGUCUCCAGCAAACCAAGAAACGGCCAUCACCGUGACCGGGCUGAAGCCAAACCAUUUCUACAACGUACGGGUCAUCGCCGUCGGGUCCAACAGCUUUCAAGCCGGCAGCCAAGUCGUCCGCCUCCAGACCUUUGACCCUAGUGGCCGACCACGCCUAGGAAACUCCCGCCUGCCCCCGAAUUUUGAACCUGAGGAGCCGCCCUCCACAACACAAGGCGAGAAUGCCGACGAGAAUGGCGCGCCGAGAAGUCCCUUGCCGGCGAUCGAAUCCGCAACAAUUCCAGACGGUGGCCCGACUUUGACGAGAGAGCCAAGCACGGCUGGGGCGGUGCCGAGACGGAAUACUGUUGGCAGGAGAGCAUCUCCGUCAGUGAGCAGCAUAGAGCAGAAACCCAUACGCAAGGAUAGUACCUCCGAAGCCGAAGUCAGAGAGCUUGGACAGAGAUUCAGCAGCAUCAAGGCUGAGAUCGAGGACACCAUAGCGGUCAUCACGAGGGAGGAAGAAGACAGCAAGAAAUUGUUGGACGAAUUGGAGCAGGAGAAACAACAGAAGAAGGCCGAGCAGAAGAAGAAAGAGGAGCAGACGGAGAAGCUCAAGAAGGAGAUGGGCACAACCGAACGUGCAAUGCGGUCGACCGUGCAGCGGAGAACGCAGUUGGAGAAGGAGCUCAAGUCGAAACAAGCCGAGCGCUCUCGAUAUUACGAUAACAUCGCGAAGAUGGAGAGACAGAUCCAAGAGUGGCGCAAGGAGAAAGAAAGCUUCGAAGAGCAAAAGAAGUCCGUCGAGGAGGACGCGAAGUCAAAAAUGGCAGAAGUCCGCCAAUGCAACGAAAAAUUGCAGGCGGAGUGUUCGCAGUUGGAAGCGGACUUGAAGUUCAAGAGAGACCAAGUGAAGCUGCUGGAGGACGACCGGAAGAAGCUACCGGGAGGCGAGGACGACGAGGAGUGGAGGCAAAACAAUCUUGAGAAAAGACGUGAGUGGCAGCGGAGGGAGCGGGACUGGAACAUGAAGCUCUAUCAAGAGACCAAGCGGGCCAAGGAGCUCGAUGAUAGUCUCAAUUCGAUCCACGCUCAGCUUCAGCAGAUCCCGCAGGCCGCUUUCGCCCUCUACAACCAGGCAAACACCCCAGGCGCCGAGUUCGAUGCUUCGUCGCAGGCCCAGGCAAAACGCCGAAGCCACCACAGCAGCUCGCUCUCGAAUGUGGUCAUGUCGCCCGCGCCUCCCUUUGCUGCGCUGGAUUCGCUCCCACAGCCACCUGGCUACAGCGGCACUCGACCUCCACCGGGCUUUGCUGCUGCGCCGUUUAUCGAUUUGUCUUCUAUAGACAUGGACGACAUGGAUGGGGAUGAGCUCAGAGCGUUGACAGCUGGGGCGCCCCUGAGCCCCUCGGCAGCCGCUCUCCUACCCAGCAACAUCUUCACAGAUGAUGAGCAUUCCGAGGAUGAGGCACCUAGCAGCCCUGUCUCUCAUCGCGAACCUGCUAGUCCGUUCGGACCUGUGCAGACGGCAUCACCUGAGCAUGAUCCUCAGUCGCCUCAAUCGGCUCGCUCUGGCAGUAUCUUCUCAAGCGCUCACGGGUCCCAGCAGAAUUUGCCGUUUCCUUCGUUCCCGAACGACGAUAACGAAAGACGUUCGAUCAACUCGGGACAUUUCGCGUCUCCUGCCCCAGCACCUGGACAACCUGCUACUCAACGACUGGCUUCCCUGUUCUCCUUCCAGCGAGGCAAACCCGCGCGGGCGAUAGACGAGCCUCCUCAGCUGGGCAGUCUCAAGCACGGACAAAGUCAAUCAUUUCCCCGUCAGACAGAUGAACUGGAUGGGGUGCCAAACAGGCGCCGGAUUAGCCUCUCAAACUGGAACGUUUUCAAUCGCAACUCAGUCGGCCCGGAUACCAUGGACACUUACGCUCCCCCACCGGGGACGAGAGGGUUUUCAGCUAGAAAUCUGUUGCCCUUCGGUUCUCGGGCGAUGACCGGCGUCUUUGAUCGCGACCAGAGCAGCCCGCGACCGGCCUCUAUUUCUUCGUCUGAGAUGCCUCGGCCCUCGACCGAAAGUGGAUCCCAUCUCUGGCCGCCGCCGUCAGAGCAACAAGGCUUCCCUCGUUCAAGACUCGUCUGGUCACCCGAGAACAACACGUGGUCCAGGAACCCUUCCCGGCGUCCGUCGAUCGGCGGUUCUCCUUCGGCUCUCAAGACGACACUCGCGUCCGCGGACGAUGAGAUCCUUGACGAGCAUGACCUACUGAACCCGCAGGUCUCCCCUUCACAGGUAGGGGUGAUCGGAAGUCGGCCUACGAAGAAGUCUCUGAAAGCACUCAAUCCCACUGUCCCGUCCUUCUCUCCCAACUUCAUGGGAAGUAUCUUCAGCAGCAAGGACAAGGCGAAGAGUAAGGACAGGACCAGAGAGGCCAGAGACCAAGCCAAGGGAGCCUUUGAGGAUCCACCGGCCUCGUCGGGGAACGACUCCGUUGCUGAACGGUCCGACUCACGCCUAUCAAUGUCUGUCCGCAGUCGUGCAUCUAUCAGCGAGUCUCACGAUUCCCUGUCGCUCGACCAAUCUUUUUCGAACACACCAUCGGAGCCACCGAUGAGCCUCAAGGAGCUUUCGGCCAGCGCCGGGCCGGACAACGUGGUGCGCAAGCUGUUCCGUAAAGGAUCGGCUAUCUCAUCGCGGCUCGGCGGUUCCAGGAAGGCUACCGGGCCAGGUUCAGCUGCCGGCUCGGAAAGGGAGCACCGCCCGAGCUUUGGUGGCAGCGACGUCGCCGAGAACAGCUGGCCCGGCAAAGACGGCGCUGGGGAGGAUCUGCUUGGCAAGAGCUUUGAUUCACUCAACUCUAGCCCGUCGAUUGGCACCAACAAGUCCAAAGGCGGCAGGUGGUUCUCCAUGGGCAAGAAAAAGGAGAAGGCGAGCCUGGACAUCGAGAGGGAGAGGACUGCGGAUGCUGAGACGCCUACUGCUGAGGAGCAGCCGGCCAUGCAGCUUUCAGCUUGA